GCGCACCGUUCCCAAAUACGACUAGGCGUUUGUCACAGAACCGGGGAGGGGUACUGUACUCUCGCGAGACCAAGGGCGGAAGAUGACAGAUGGAUCUUUAUCGGCAGUCGGUAGGAUGAAGCAGCGGCGUACCCGUCCCGUGGCACCAACGAACGACAGCAUUAUGGCACUAUAGUUAAAGUAAAGCGGGGAAAACCGCAUGCAACUAACUGUCCGACAACAGUCGGACAAUCGAUAGUUCUGUGCUUCGUUUUAUUCGUUUACAUCACUGUACGUUUUAUUUUAGAGUCUGUUUUCAUGUUGCGCGAGCUGCCGUUAUUGUCGCCGUUGAUCAACUACAGGCAUCCAUUGCAUCUCCAGCGAGUGUUUACAUCAGCUUCUCUGGGUUAGCUGGCGAUCGGAUCAGAUUAUUUCGUCGCACGCUUUUUAUAAUCGAUUAAAAAAUGACCGGAGAAAAACGUCGCUCUCUGCGCAAGGAUCAAAGGCAGAAGAAGGACAUGGAUUUAGUGGAACACGACGAGGAGGCGGCAGCGGGGACGUUUACGGUGUCGAAGAGUAACAGAAUCAAAGCCAAUAAGAUCUUCAACAAUCACAAAAUGAUUAAAUCGCCGUCAACGCAGCAGCAGAAUCAGCUAUCGCAGAUCAACGCUAACACGAUCUCCAACGCCAACAACGCUAACACCAACAUCAACACUAACGCUAACACGAACACAGCCGCCACUGACGACAACAAGAACCCCCUCAUUCAGAACACGGAGGAUUUCCCGGUCCACGAGUGUGUUUUUAAAGGAGAUGUGCGCCGGUUGUCCUCGCUAAUUCGGACGCAAAACAUCGCUCAGAAAGAUGUCCACGGAAACACACCUCUACACCUGGCAGUCAUGAUGGGACACAAAGAGUGCGCCCACUUGCUCCUGGCCCACAAUGCACCUGUGAAGGUGAAGAACGCACAGGGGUGGAGUCCGCUUGCAGAAGCCAUCAGCUAUGGAGACAGACAAAUGAUCACAGCCCUGCUCAGGAAGCUGAAGCAGCAGUCCAGAGAGAGUGUGGAGGAUAAGAGGCCUCGGCUGCUGAAGGCGCUGAGGGAGCUGGGAGACUUUUACUUGGAGGUCCACUGGGAUUUUCAGAGCUGGGUUCCCCUGCUGUCCCGGAUCCUGCCGUCCGAUGCCUGUAAAAUCUACAAGCAGGGCAUAAACAUCAGGUUGGACACUACCCUCAUCGACUUCACAGACAUGAAAUGCCAGCGUGGGGACCUGAGCUUCACCUUCAGGGGUGACGCCCCUCCCCCAAAAUCCUUUGUGGUUCUGGACAACGAGCAGAAGGUCUACCAGCGCAUUCACCAUGAGGAGUCGGAGAUUGAGACAGAGGAGGAAGUUGACAUCCUGAUGAGCAGCGAUAUUUACUCAGCCACACUUUCCACCAAAUCCAUCACCUUCUCCCGCACGCAGUCAGGCUGGCUCUUCAGAGAGGACAAGACGGAGCGGGUGGGCAGUUUCCUGGCGGACUGCUUUGCGGUUAAUGGCCUGGUUCUGGAGUCCAGGAAACGGCGGGAGCACCUGAAUGAGGAAGACAUCCUGCGAAACAAGGCCAUCAUGGAGACCUGGAGCAAGGGAGGGAAUGCAGUCGAGCACAACUAUGAGCCUGUGAGGAGACAGUCCCUCACCGCCCCGUCUCCAAACACACUGUCCUGGGAGGAGUAUAUCACAGCUGAGCACGGCAGGGCUCCUCACCUGGGCAGAGAGUUGGUGUGUAAGGAGAGUAAAAAGAACUUCAAGGCCACGGUGGCCAUGAGCCAGGAGUUCCCCCUGGGCAUGGAGUCGUUACUGAAUGUGCUGGAGGUGAUCGCACCCUUCAAGCACUUCAACAAGCUGAGAGAGUUUGUCCAGAUGAAGCUGCCCCCUGGGUUUCCUGUCAAACUGGACAUCCCGGUGUUCCCCACCAUCACCGCCACAGUGACGUUUCAGGAGUUCCGCUACGACCAGUUUGAUGAGUCCAUCUUUAACAUCCCGCCGGACUACAAGGAGGACCCCAGCCGCUUCCCUGACCUUUGACCUCUGCACUUAGACCGCCGCCCCCCACCCCCCCCCCCACAUGGAAUCGGAGACGGGAAUGAACUACCAAACGAAGGGGGCACUGAACGAAUAACGUCAAAAAGGUUGCUAAAGAUAAACGGAAACAAAAAAAGGACUGUUGGUGUUAGUAUUGUGUAUGUAAGACCGUGGGGUUGAAUGUAUGUGCUGUGCGGUGUUACCUGAAUGGACUGAACAGCACUAGUGUGUGCUGAGGUGCUGCGUUCGGUUUGUGGGGACUCUAGACUCAAUAUUUGGGGGGUGGGGGGUGGGGGGUGGGUCUGGGGCUUGGGAGGACAGAACAGUGCUUCCUCUGUUUGGGUGUGUAAAAUGUGGAGCUUCCAAUAGCUGCAGCUGACUGUGACACUUCAACCAGCACCAGUAUACCAGAGCGCUGUGGUGACCGCAGGUCCUCCUUCUGCAGACAGAGGGCGCUGUGGUGACCGCAGGUCCUCCUUCUGCAGACAGAGGGCGCUGUGGUGACCACUGUUUCACUGAGCCACUGUAGUGGGGCAGCGGUGUGUGCGUUAAGGGGGCAGAUGGUAGUGGAGAUAAAGCUGUGGUCACCGUUAGGAUCUGGAAGAUCAGCUGAGGCUGCUGCAUCUCUCUUCCUGCUUCACUGUGAAUGCAGGGGUCCCAUCUGUCCCGUGAGAACUUUGUACAAUUCAGGAAAAAAAAAAAACAGCAAAUGUGCAGCUAAAAUUGUUUCUUUUGCUAAAGAUUAAAAUAUAUAUGUAUAGAAAAAGAAACCGGCAAUGAAAUGGUAUUUAAACAUUUUUACUCAUUAAAAACCAAACGGGCAUUCUCCUCUGCAGGGUGUUGAAGUACCUCA